AUGCUAGUAUGUGACUCGGACAAAAGAGUGCCACAUGCAAAAAAGAGUAACGUUGUUGAUGUUGUUGUUUGGUGGGAUAGGAAAGAGAACUCUUGGAAAGUGUUUGAUGAUGUUUGUCCUCAUAGAUUGGCACCAUUGUCUAAAGGAAGGAUUGAUCCAUGGGGAAGACUGCAGUGUUUUAAUGGUUCUGGUGAUUGCAAAAUUUAUUCCUCAGGCUCCUCAAGAUGGCCCCUCCGAUGGAGCCAAGAACUGGUGAAGAACCUUUCUCUAAAAAGAAACUGUCAUCACUCAUGCACAGAAUUACCGCUACAUGUCAUAGAAGGAAUUCUAAUCAGGCUACCUGUUGGGUCUCUUAUUCGGUUCAAAUCAGUAAGCAAAUUAUGGUAUUCCACAAUUAAUGAUCCCAACUUUAUAAGAUAUCAGGUCAGCCAUGUCUCGUCUGUCGAGUAUAAAGAUUCCAAUGGCUUCAAGAACCUCCUUCUACAUCCGUUAAUAAGAAAUCCCUUAUAUGGGUUUCGCUCCGUAGAUUUCGUUGCUGAAGGGGACGAAAAUAUUCUGAAACAGAUUCCUUUCACGCAUGAUCAUCUUAUAGAUCCAUUGUUUGUGAAAUACCCUUUGAUGAGGAUAUGGUCGACUUCUUCUUGUGAUGGUUUGGUAUUAAUGGCAACAGAUAAAGAUUACAUCACUAUAUUGAAUCUAUCGAUCAAACAAGUUAAUAGAAUUCCUGUACCUGGAAAAGUUUGUGGUGAUGUGUUUGGACUUGGCUACGACUAUCGCAGUAAUAACUACAAAAUUUUCAGGGUUCCUUCGGGUAUUCCACAUAAAAAAGUUUCGGAUGUCGACAAAAACAUGGUUCAGAUCUACUCGUUUGAAACAAAUUCAUGAAAGAAGAUGAUGAUAGAAGAAGAUGGAUCAGAUUUUGAUUUUCCUUAUCUACCUCUAGAUAGGCAUGCAACUACUGUAAACAGGCGUCCUCACUGGCUAACACAUCAAGGUAUUGUAAACCAAUACGUUGUUUUAUAUUUUGAUGCAGCAAAAGAAAUUGUUGGGGAGAUGCGGCUGCCUCCACUUGACCCACCUGCAACAUUUGAACCUUAUCAAAGUAAAAAAGACAUAGCUUUGAGGAACUUCAGAGGAUCCCUUGGCUUAUCAGAAUUUCAAUGGCAUAAUAUUGUGUUAUGGUCAAUGAGAGAGUAUGGAGUUAAUGAGUCUUGGAUAAAACUCUUCACUGUCCCUUUUCCGAUACGACCGAAUAAUCUUCAACCUUCUAUCAAGAAGCCAUUGUUCAUCACAAAAACAGGAAAAGUUUUAUUUGCUCCAAUGGAUAUGAAAGUCCUUCUUUGUGAUGGUAAGCAUAACAACUUGUGUAGAGACUCUUGUUUCACCAUUUGGUGGCAAUGCCAAUGGAAUCCAAUUAUGAAGACCUGUAGCAUAGGAUAGCAUAGACUUUUAUACUGUCAAGCUAUUAUUGUUAUCAUUUUUACUUCUUUUUUGCUUAAAGAUUCUAUAGAAAGUUGAGUUUGUUCAACAUUAA